AUGCAUUUCACCAAUGUCGCCGCCCUUGCCCUCGGCCUCUUCGCCUCCUCCGGCCUCGCCAUUCCUGCUUGGGUCAAGCCUGCCACAAUUCAGCUCGCCAACGAGCAAUCCGGCACGAGCGCCAACGUUGCUGUCCCCGUCGAUGGCGUGAAGCGCCCCGUCCAAGAGCUCUGGGGCCACACUGCAGUUGCACAUGAGGGCCUUGUCUUCGCUUCGAGCGCCAUGAUGACUGCUUUCCAGCAAACCACCGUCUGCGAGUUCAUUGAAGAGCCGCGGCUGGACGUGAAAAUGGAUGCUGAGCAGGCAUACGCUUCCUUCGGUGGGGGCGUGAAGGAUCUUUGUGCCGCCUAUGUGGUGUGUAAGUGUGAGGGCAUGUAA